AUGGCCUCCAUCUCCGACCUCAAGCAGCUCGACCAGCACCUCGCCUCCAGGUCUUACGUCGACGGCAACCAGCCCACCACCGCCGAUGUCGAGCUUUUCAAGGCUCUCGGUGAGGCCCCCGCCUUCUCCCACGUCGUGAGGUGGUACAAGCACAUUGCUUCCCACUCUGCCGACUUUGCCUCCCUCCCCGCCGGCAAGUCUCCCAUCACCCUCGGUGCCUCUUCUUCCUCUGCCCCUGCCGCCGCCCCUGCCGCUGCCGAGGACGACGACGACGAGGUCGACCUUUUCGGCUCUGACGACGAGGAGGCCGAUGAGGAGGCUGAGCGAAUCAAGGCCGAGCGUGUCGCCCAGUACACCGCCGCCAAGGACGCUAAGACCCAGGAGAAGCUCGCUGCCGGUAAGACUCUUGCGGUCGCCAAGUCUGUCGUCACUCUCCAGGUCAAGCCUUGGGAUGACGAGACCGACAUGGCCGAGAUGGAGGCUGCUGUCAGGGGUAUCGACAAGGACGGUCUUGUCUGGGGUGCUUCCAAGCUUGUCCCCGUCGGUUACGGUAUCAAGAUGCUCCAGAUCACCCUCGUCAUUGAGGACGACAAGAUCUCUCUCCAGGACCUCGAGGAGGAGAUCCAGGAGUUCGAGGACUACGUCCAGUCCACCGACAUUGCUGCCAUGCAGAAGCUUUAA